CCAAGUGCAAGGGUGACACAGAAGGGAGAAGGAGUAGGGAAAAUGAGAGUUUAGUUGGGAAGGAUUCUUAGAGGAGUUAUUUUAAUGAGGCUUUGAAGGUAGGGAGAAUGCUAGUCGGUUAUGAAGGGGAGGAGUUUCCAGGUAGACUCAGGAUGUGGGCAGGGGUCGGCAGCAAGAUAGUUGAAAUUGAAAUACAGUGAGCAGAUUGGCAUUAGAGGAGUGACUUGAACGUGCUGGGUUGUAAACACCUGACAGUGGGAUAGGACCCAUCCUCUGCCCUAGCCCAUGAACCCCUUUCUGGGUUCUCAUGGUGAGCCUAGGGAAGAAUAUCAGACCAUGCGGUCAGGGGAGGGACAGCACAGGAGAGCACAGCUUCCAUUGCAGCUCCACCACUACACAACCCUGAGGGGACUCGUGGAGUUGGGGUCAGGUGGGUACAGAUGGCAAGAGCCAAGGGGUAUGUCUUGGUGAACCAGGGUGCCUGCCAACUCAGGGUCCAAAACGCCAUCUUGUUUUCAACAUCAGCCUGAGCUAGCAGGGGGCAGGGCACAUCACCUACAACUAAAAGUUCUGGAUGCCCUAGAACACGACUGUGAAAGAAGCUGUCCUCAACCAUGUGCCAAUCCAAUAAGGUGAAUUCUAACCCCGUAGCCCUGCUGCCUCAAAGAGGGGGGGCUUUCUCUUCUUCCUCCUCCACCUGUGGUGUCAAAAGACACUUCUGUCUCUGCUGGUGUCUCCUGAACUUCCUCCUCCUCUUGUCAGUGCAGCUGGGCUCAGGGCAGUUCACUGUGGUUGGUCCCACUCAGCCCAUCGUGGCCAAUUUUGGAGAAGACGCUGAGCUCCUCUGCCAACUAGACCCAAAGACAGAUGCUGAGCACAUGGAGAUCAGGUGGUACCGAUACAAUGAAUCCAACCCACUGCACAUGUACCCAAAGAGGAAGGAUCAGGAGGCUGAGCUGACGCCAGAGUUCCAGGAGAGAACAAUGCUGGUGAGGAACUCCAUCACCAGCGGCAUGGUGGCUCUGAGGAUACCCAGAGUGAAGAUCUCUGACACGGGGAACUACAUGUGUCAGUUCAUUUCGGACAAACAUUUUAGUGAAGCAGUGUGUGAGCUGCAAGUGACCAGUGAAGGAUCAACACCCACUAUCCACUUUGAAGUGCUUGGGACAGAAGAGAUCAGGCUUUGGUGCAGGUCAAGUGGAUGGUACCCAGAACCCCAAGUUCAGUGGAGAGAUUCCACUGGAGAGACUGUGUCAAAUUCUGAACCGGUAAUGUCUCGGGAUGAAGAUGGCCUUUAUGAUGCGAAAGUGGCGUUUACCCUCAGGAAAAACACCACUAGGACAGUGACCUGUUCCAUCUUGAGUCAAGCUCUGAAAUGGAAGAAAGAGUCUAGUGUCCUUGUAACAGACAACCUUUUCUCCCAGAUCAGUUCUGGUCGGUGGAUAUUGGCUGUGAGUGGGAUUUUGAAUGUGAUCUGCCUUCUCAGCAUCACUGCUCUCCUCUGGAUCAUUUACAGAAGAAAAGGAUACAUUUUGAAUGCAAAUUCAAUUCAUCCGUAGCUGUGUGAUUUUAAAAAUGCAAGAGGAUCAUCUAUGGCAACAUAGAGCAAUCUGCCUGUUCACAGAUGCCUUCAAAGACUCAGACGCCCUGUGGUCCUCCUUCCUGAUUCUGUCCCAGGAUGAAGGGAAUGACCUUUCAUGACUGUCUGCCCUAGGUCAGCUCAUCUUGUCCAUUUAUUUUAGAAUCAGUCUUCCCCACUAAAUUGUCAGCUCCUAGAGGGUGAGGAUCAUGUCUUCUAAUUCUUUUGCACCCUCCCAAGAACUUA